AUGAAGUUCCUUGAAUCAUUCGUUCUUACCCUGCUUGUGGUGUACUCUUAUGCCUCAGAAAGGGGUCCAGACAUAGAGGCAUUACCUCGAGGAGUUCCAUACAACCGAGGAGCGCUGUAUAAGAAGUCGUUCGAAUUUAUUUGUCUCGACGGUUCCAAAAGCAUUCUCUAUGACCAAGUCAAUGACGACUACUGCGAUUGUCCCGAUGGAAGUGACGAACCGGGGACGUCUGCCUGUCCAAAUGGCAAAUUUCACUGCGCGAACAAAGGUCAUAAGGCGGCCGAUAUCCCAUCUUCUCGUGUGAAUGAUAGGAUUUGUGAUUGUUGCGAUGGAAGCGAUGAAUAUAGCGGCGCAGUUGAAUGUCCCAAUAUCUGCGAUGAGUUGGGGCGAAGUGCUCGAGAAGAAAGCAAAAGAUUGGCAGAAAUCGCCAGAAAGGGAUUCGCUACUAGAAAGCAGUUGGCUGAAGAGGGACAGAAGCUGAGGGUAAGUCGUGAAUCCUUCCAAUAG